GGAAGUUAAAUAUCUACAAAUCCAAGGAUAAAUAAUAACAGCUUUUUAUUUAACAAUCUGCACAAAUAUUGAAGAUAUAGGACUCAAAUAGGAUCUUUUCGACAUAAAAUUCUACAAGCAUUGACAUUCAAAUUACACAUUUGAUUCUGGGAAGUAAGACAUUCAUCAAACUUCGACGAGGAACCAUAUAUAGAGGUCGUCACGUGAUUACCUCUAUGUGUUCUUAUUUUGAGGUUCUGGUUACAUUAGAUUGUAUGUGAAAUCAGCAAUCCUUCGGUUACUUCUCAGAAUGGGUUCCUUGUGGACGAAACGAACUAAACUGCAAGAGGAAUCUGGAGGUGAGAAUACUAAUGGCAAAACUGAAGAGAAAGAUGAAGGAUUAUCAUCAAUGGAAGAUCUGAAUUUAACUGAAGUUGGGGCUCGUGAAGGCCAAGCAGACAAACCAGAAAACUUUGCCCACCAUGAGUUACCAGAGGGCAGAGAUCGAUUUCUGCAAAGAGAACAGGCACAAAGACAAGCCAGGGAAAAGUCUAGUUCAGAUAUUCUGAAAGGCAUUGGAGAGACAUCAGACUACAUGUACAGCCUGGGACAAAAUAUAGCGAAAUUAGGGAAAGUGAAGAAAAAGAACAACGAACAGCUGGAAAACCAGGCGAGAGACAUGUGCAAGUUGGCUGAAGAAUACCUCAAACUCACGGAGGAAUCCCCAGAAGCCUGGUACUUUGUAAAGGCAUGCUGCCUAUUUAAUACUGCCUCGAGGAGAUACGAGGAGAUCCAACAAAACAAGGGCUCUGACAAUAUUUCAGGCACAUGUAGUCAUGAAAUGUACAUUAAAGAAAGACUUCAGUACAUUGAGACUGAAUUCUUGAAAAGAGUGCCGGACACACCCAAGGUUUACAAUAAGAGUACAUCAGAGAGUACUGCUAAGUUUAGGUCACUUAUAAAUGAAGUGCGCAAAUAUGAAACAGACACGAUCAACCAUAUUCAAAACAAUGUGAUGAAAAUAGAUCUGUCUACAACAGCAGAUAUGAGUGAAGAUGCUGAAAUCCAAACAAUUGAACAGAGUAAUAUAUUUUACAACGAGGUCACUGAUAAGAUCAAAGUCUUUCAUUGGUCAGUUAUCGAAGAUUGUAUGAAGGUUUUAGGUGUCCCUCAAUGUCGUUAUGCAAUCUUAGGUCAUGGGUCUCUGGCCCGGAAAGAAGCAACAGCUUGGUCAGAUUUAGAGUUCUCUGUACUGUAUGAUCCCAACGGUAAAUCUGAAGAACAAAUCGAAGGUAUUAAAGCAUAUUUUAGAGUACUUGCCCACUAUAUUCAUAUCAAAAUCAUCAAUCUAGGUGAAACACUCCCAUAUUGCCUCAGUAUUCCAGUUCUGAAUGACCAUAAUAAGCUUUUGGGGGAAAUAGAUAACAAUUUCUUUGAUGACAUUACCCCCCAGGGCAUUUCCUUUGAUGGCGCAUCUCCAUGGGCAAGUAAGACCCCACUGGGUCGCAAAGCAACUGCGAAGAAACCAAUACCAGUUGAAUUAAUAAUGACUCCCUCAGAGAUGGCUAAAUGCCAAGAAGAGGAAAAGUCAAAGACUGAGGGGUAUCAUCUAAGUGAUGUCCUUCAAUCUAAGACCCUUAUACAUGGAGAUGUAGGACUAGUAUGUGAGUACACGUCAUUGGUAAAUGAAAUACUAAAGUCACAACUAAAGGAAUCUACUUUAGCUUAUAAACGAGGAGUAGAAACCCUCAAGGAAGAUCUCGAUAAUUUCUCUAAACAACCCUUUACUCCAGCAUCUCUCACAUCCCAAAUACACACUAAAAAGGACAUCUACAGGUUUGCCACCAUAUCUGUCAAUUCAUUGAAAUUGAUAUACGGGUGCGAAUCAGAUGCACCUCUUGAUGUUCUAAGUGAACUCGAAAUUAGGAAAAUAAUUGAACAAAAUGCUUGCAGAGAUCUCAAACUCAUGGUCUGCAUUGCUAUAAACCUCCGCCACCUGGUCUACAGCAGAUACAACAGACAGUUGGAUGAUAUAUGCUUUACCAGAAGACUAGAUGACAAAGACCAAUCAAAGUCAUUGUCAGUACGUGACUAUUGCGCAAUAUUUCGCUUUUAUUACACCUUUAAACCGUGGUCAGAGUUCCUUCAGGUUGUGUGCAAAUUGGGAAAUAAAGUUUGGAACUGGAAGAAAAGAUUUUUUGAAAAUACCGACACUAUUAAGGGGGAGAUAUUUCAAAACAUGAAUAUUUUUGAAAGUGCAAUCAAAGUUUUUCAGAAUGAACAUGAUACAUUCCAAUAUAAAGGUUCUUCGAAACAGCUGAGUGAUACAAAGUAUGCAUUAGGAGAUUUAUAUUACAGAAUAGGAAAAUAUAAUAUUGCUAGAAAGUACAUUGAAGAUAGUCUCAAUAUUAGAAAAUUAGUCAAUGGGGAUUAUCCAAAUCGAAAUGUAGCUUCUUCUUUACACCAGCUCGGUGUAGUCUACCAGGCUAUGGGUGAUAACACUAAAGCUCUUGAGUAUUUCACUGAGAGUCGAGAGAUGAAGAAACAGGUACACGGCGAUGCUCCACAUCCAAGUGUAGCUGCUUCUUUACACCAGCUCGGUGUAGUCUACCAGGAUAUGGGUGAUAACACUAAAGCUCUUGAGUAUUUCACUGAGAGUCUAGAGAUGGAUAAGCAGGUACACGGUGAUGCUCCACAUCCAAGUGUAGCUGCUUCUUUACACCAGCUCGGUGUAGUCUACCGGGCUAUGGGUGAUAACACUAAAGCUCUCGAGUAUUUCACUGAGAGUCUAGAGAUGAAGAAACAGGUACACGGCGAUGCUCCACAUCCAAGUGUAGCUGCUUCUUUACACCAGCUCGGUGUAGUCUACCAGGAUAUGGGUGAUAACACUAAAGCUCUUGAGUAUUUCACUGAGAGUCUAGAGAUGAAGAAACAGGUACACGGCGAUGCUCCACAUCCAAAUGUAGCUGCUUCUUUACACCAGCUCGGUGUAGUCUACCAGGAUAUGGGUGAUAACACUAAAGCUCUUGAGUAUUUCACUGAGAGUCAAGAGAUGAAGAAACAGGUACACGGCGAUGCUCCACAUCCAAGUGUAGCUGCUUCUUUACACCAGCUCGGUGUAGUCUACCAGGAUAUGGGUGAUAACACUAAAGCUCUUGAGUAUUUCACUGAGAGUCAAGAGAUGAAGAAACAGGUACACGGCGAUGCUCCACAUCCAAGUGUAGCUGCUUCUUUACACCAGCUCGGUGUAGUCUACUAUUACCAAUAUGAUUACAAGAGAUCGUUAGAACAUUUCAAUAAGUCACAUAGGAUGAAGAUGAGAGUGUUGAAUGAUGAAACUCAUCCCAGUAUUGUAAACACUGCAGGCUGGAUCGAAGAUUGUAAACAGAAAGUAACAAAAUAG